UACAUUUUUGGAUAGUAUACAUAAAUAUACCAUGAUAGGAAAAGCCAAAUCAUGUCUACCAAACAUAAAAAUACAACACAACACCAAAAGUAAAAUUAUCUCUCUAUAUAUAAAACCAUCUUAUAUGCACCCAACACAUUUGACUGCUCUUUCAUCUUUAAACUUGCCUCAAGAUCCUAGCUUUAGGGUUUCAACAUUUCUUCAGAAAUAUCUCUCGAUCGAUUGAAGCAAUAUAUGCAAAAUAUGGAGUGUGAUAGAUCAUCGUCGUCCACAUCAUCAGAAACCGGAGCCGUUCUUCAUCAUCUUACUUCAUCGUCGGUAUCCACCGUGACGAGACGAAUGUACGAGUGCACUUUCUGCAAAAGAGGUUUCACGAAUGCACAAGCUUUGGGUGGUCACAUGAACAUCCAUCGACGUGACCGUCUCAACAAGGCGGCCAAGCAGCAAAACGACGCUGACUUAGCACUCUCCAGUGCUCGAAGAUGUUUCCACGUGGCAUCGUCUGAUCGUGGAGGCUACGAGCAAGUUGAAUCCGUCGCCUUGAGGACGACCACGAACUUGAGCUUACGAAUCGGCUCGAUGGUUACAAGGAGAGAAAACGUGGUCGUUGAAGGAGAUGAAAUCGAUUUGGAGCUACGUCUUGGCUUAUGAGAUCAUCAACCACUACAGUCUACAUCAAUAUUUGUGUAAUACGUUUUUGGAUUAUUGUAUGGUUUUCGGGGUUGAUUUAUAUACGUAAGCUAGGGAGCAUAUGAGGAGUUCAUAAUAUGUCAAGGUAAGAUAUUUUUGGGCGCGUAUCUAAUUAUGCAUGUUUUUAUGAUCAAUCAUUGAGAUAUAUUACAUCUUUAAUCUU